AUGGAAGGUUCUGCUCACCAAGAAUUUUCAGUCGAGGCCCUUCCCACAAAGUCCGUUGCCUUUCAUCCUACUCUAGCGACCAUCACGCGCGAGUUUCCUGUCCGUGUCCAGCCCGGUGCUUUCGCGAUCACCAUCAACAAGAUCGACCACCAGGUCGAUCCCGAUUCCAUCCGUGUUGAAAGCCUCGGCCCUGCCAAAGUAUUAGACAUCCAACAUGCAAACGUUCUCCGAUACUCGUCCACUUGCAAACCGUCCUCUGACAGAAAAGUCUUUGACCCAAUCAGAGACCUGGAAAAUAGAAAAGACACCAUCUUCCACCCCUCUGAAGGACUAUACGCCGGAUGCGGCAUCUUUAAAGCCUACCCUGGGAACGAUUCUCGAAAUCGAGAGAGGCAGCCUAUGGGUUAUGGUGGAGCUAGUGCGCAAGAUCCUCAUCGGGGGGAGUACGGACCAGCGCUCUAUGGAGGGAAGGAUCCGAGUUUGUUGGAAGAAUGGAUUCAGAAACCUGCUGCGGAUAAGUCGGUCUCAGACCAUUUCUGCCAGGCAGUUGUGCAUCUGGAAGGGCAGAUGACUGCUCCUGUGUCUGCGUUGAGCUCUGGCACUCUAACUGGUGAUGAGCAGAACCAAGCGGGAAAAAAGGUUCAGAGCAAUGAAGUGCUGUUGCAAUUGAUCUAUGCGGUUUCGGCGAAGUCAGAACUCAAGCUUCACGACCUCAACAUCAAUACACUCUUCUCAACGGCCAAGAUCAGGCUCUCGCACACGUCGCCUCCGGGGCAAGCCAUCCCAUCAUUGACACCAUGGGAUCUGGCAGUCAUACUGACUAAAUCCGGGUCGUCUGUGCCCCCUUCUAUGCCAACACUGGGGAUAUCAGAACCGACAUUCCCCUCCCCUGGCUUUCCUGAGUUGGAAGGUUUUUCUUUGACAUUUACAGCCGAUAACCUAGAGGAAGGCCUGGCACCCUCGAUGUACCAUGACUUUUAUCCGCCUGAUAGCAAGGUGCCCGAGUCGAUCAGCCAGGGCCAUGGCCCGAGUGUAUCGUAUGAACUACCUGGCCGGCGUGUCAUCAAGUCCUCAUCUGCGCCCCGCCGCUAUGAAAUAGCUGAGCUGGACCUCCAAGCUUCAUUCACCCAUGUGCUAGUGCCCAAAAGGCAUGCCGCAGCGUUUCUUCGUGCCAAGAUACAGAAUACUUCGCCUGUGAAUAUACGAUCAGGUGAAGUGAACUUAACCGUUGACCACACUUGUUUCGGCAAGACCAAUGUUCCAAGCUGCGUGCGCAACGAAUCCUUUGAACUCAAUCUUGGGGUGGACAGAUUCGUCAAGGUGGCGCAUAAGGAACCUGGGAUAACACUUAGUAAAAUCGACGAAUUCUUGGAACUAACUAUCACAUACUUCAAAGCAUCAUGCAAGAUCAAGAAUACAAGAGACCAUGUAGUCAACGUCUUGGUAUUGGAUCAGGUGCCAUUUAAUGUGGAUGAUCAUUUUGAUGUUGAGACUCUGACGCCAGAGACCUUGGGGUUUCCGGGUGAUAAGGUGGAUCUCACGGAGCCGGGAAAGCCGGGAACGAAGACUGCGGAACUGGGCCGUGAUGGAGAGCAUAAGCUUUGCUUUAACUGGAAUCUUGUUCUUUCUGGAGGUGCGGAAGAUACGAUCGUUACUUCAGAAUAG